UAUAUUUUUCUUUGAAAUGGGUUUGCAAUAUUUACCCGGAAUAUAAAACUCCUAGCAACGUGGGUUUUUGAUUGAAAUUUCAACAUGGCGGACGAUGAGUUAGAAGCACUGAGAGCUCAAAGAAUGGCUCAACUGCAGUCCCAAUAUGGGGGUGGCGGGGCUGGAAGGCCGAGUCAGGAAGAACAAGAAGAGAAGGCCAGACAGAUGACUGAGAUGAAGAACUCCAUUCUGAGUCAGGUCUUGGACCAACAAGCCAGAGCAAGACUUAACACAAUAGCUGUAGCUAAGCCAGAAAAAGCUAAAAUGGUGGAGAACAUGCUCUGUCAAAUGGCUCAAUCAGGACAAAUCCAGAACAAGAUUGGAGAACAACAGCUGAAAAGUUUGUUGGAGAGAGUGUCUGAGCAGACGGCAAAGAAAACCACAGUAAAGUUCAAGAGGAGAGGACUGGAUGAUUCGGAUGAAGACUAGAGUAAAAGGAUGUGGAUGUGUAAAUCUGUUGGCUGUUGUGGACAUUUAUAACAGCAGUAAUGCUACUACUGACUGAUCAAUCAGUGGGCUAUAACUAUGUACCGGUAUAUUGUGUGCUUGUUAAUCUACUGUCUGUAGGGUUAUCCUUACAAAACAUCUUAUGAACUGAAAUAAUGAUCCUGAUCCCAGGAAUUUCCCUACCUGCUUCCCCUUACCAAAGCUAGGAGGACCUUUUGGAGCAUCACGCUGAGAGCUAGAGGGGUUCUUUUUAUUAUUUUAAUAAAUAUGAUGUUCUUAU